UGCCUUUUCUUUUUGGUCAUAGAUUUAAUGCUUUUUCUAAUUGUGUUAGGUGGUAACUGAGAUGAGAAUAUGAAAUAUUCAUCAUGUUUUCCAAAUGUAAUUUAAAAUUAUUCAUAAGGCGCAUGACUUGUUCAUGGAUGUGGAGAGAGUUAAGGGCAUCGGCGUCAGAGCAGUUUCACAAAGUUGUGUAGGAAAACCUGCUGCCAAAGCAUAUUGUCGCUGUUUACCAGUACACUGUGUGCCUUCCCUGUCACACCCAACUUCAUUACCAUCCUAAGUGGAUAGUGAGUGAAAAAUAGAAGUCAUACAUGAUCUCUUCACUAUUUCACAUCCUGGUGUAAAGGCCAGGGAGUGGACUUGACCGGCCCGGCCGCUAACAGUACAGCGUUAGCUAAUAAAGAGCGUUCAGGCACAGUUCGCUGUCAUAAUCCACUUUUGAAAUAUGUUUAAACCAAGCGUGAGUUUCAUGGCUGUCCGACACAUUCUUUAUUGCCGCAUAAAAACUCCGGGGUGAUCUGAGGGUGCGUCAGUCGCGACGCAGGCUACGCAAAGAGAAGCCGAGAGAGCAGCUGUUCCUCUGUAAACUUAAAAAAACAAACCCAGUAUUUUACGAAUCAUGAGAGGUGCAUCUUACACCCAGAAGAGCCUGCAGGUUAGCGGCUCCAGCAGCAGAGCGAGGAUUCAGAGUCCGUCACCUUCCCGGUGCCGUGGAACCUCAUAUGAAAACCGCGGGCGCUCCGGUAAUCGCAGCGCCGCCGUCGAGUUGGGCACGGAGAUACAUCAGCAACAUGCCAACGAGAAAGAGGAGAUGCAGGAGCUCAAUGUCAAGUUUGCAGGAUACAUCGAUAAGGUCCAGGCACUAGAGCAGAGAAACGCCGUUCUUCAAGCUGAGCUGGCAGCACUGCAUGGCCGCUACAAGGGAGGCCCCACAGGCAUCGGAGAGGAAUACGAGCUCAAGUUUAAAGAGGUGCGGGAGCUGAUUGAGUCCCUGACCAAUGAGAAGGGGGCAGCUGAUAUCGAGCGAGGCUACAUCGAAGAAGAGGUGGAAGUGUGGAGACUAAAGCUGGAGGAGGAGCUGGCACUCAGAGAAGAGGCAGAGAUGAUCCUGAGGGAGUUUCGCCAGGAUGUCGACAAUGCCACUCUGCAGAAAGCUGAGCUGGAGCGGCGUAUAGAGCAACUGGUGGCCGAGAUAGAGUUCCUCAAGAAGCUGCAUGAUGAAGAAGUGGCUGACCUCAUGAAGCAGAUCGAGGACUCAAAGAUCACCGCAGAGCUGGAUGGCGAUCGGCCCGACCUGGCCGCUUACCUGCGCAACAUGCGCGCAGAGAUAGAAUCUGUCGCUGCCCGCAACGUCCAGGAAGCUGAGAAAUGGUACAAGAGCAAGUUUGACACCCUCAAGGAGCACGCCGGCAAACACGAGGAGCAAAUGAAGACCAUGAAAGACGAGAUCACGACCUUCCACAACCAAGUGUCUGAGCUGCAGAACCAGAUCGAUGGUAUGAGGGCUCGCAACGCAGCCCUGGAGCAGCAGCUGGAGGACAUGGAAAUGUCCCACAUGGAUAAGGUGGGGAGUCUGGAGAGUAUCAUUGCUCAGUUGGAGGCCCAGCUCUGCGAAACCAAACUAGAGAUGACAAAGUAUCUCCACGACUACCAGGAACUGCUGCACAUUAAGCUCAAGCUGGAUGUGGAGAUCGCCACCUACAGAAAGCUGCUGGAAGGGGAGGAGAGUAGGCUCGGAAUUGCCAAAACCGUCUAAAUAUCCAGGAUGAGAGGAUCCGCAGGUCUAAAGCUGCGACAGAGAAGACAAGCAGAUCGACGUGGAGUGGAGAGAUCAGCUGAUACUUGUUAAAGAGAUUAUUCCCAAUCUUCCCAUUUUUCCCCCUUCUUUACCCUCCUUACUCCACGGGCUGGGUAUUUGAAAUUUAUAUCCGAUACCGGCUCCGAUUUGAUGCCGAUUUCAGUACAGAUGCCAAAAUAAGACUUUCCUUGAAACCUUGCUUUGGUUAUAUGUUUUUUCUGCAAAAACAUUUAUUUUCAUUUAACAAACAAGGAAAAUGAUAUCAAAUAUAACAUUAUGUCUAAACACAUUUCUAAUAGAAUACUCUAAAAUUGGCUUGAUAUUUUCUUUGGGACACUCAGUAUUGAGAUUUGAUACCCAGCCCUUCUAACCAUUUAACUUACCGUGACCCCAUUUCCUUUACUUUGCUUACAAUGUCUGCUUCCCUGCAAUUCCCCCCAGUCCUUCGUACUUCAAAUUUUGCACAAUUUUCCCAGAACAACCCUCCUGUCCUCCUUACCUCCCAGCUCUACCCUGCUGCCUCCAGCAUCCCCCUGGUUCCUGUUCUAUGGCCCUCAGGUCUCCUUAGUUAGACGCUUUUUUUCCCUUUUCUCCUUUUCCUACAACUCCUGGGUUUAAUUCCCUCAUCUACAUCCGCUCACCUUUUUGCCGCCCCCUCUUCUCUUGAUCAAACUUUAGGAUCCCACCUCCUCCUACAAAAAAAAAACACUUUAGUCCUGCUAUGAUGUGUUAGAUUUCAACCCAAACAAAGCAGAACAGAUGUCAUUAGUGUUUUGCCUUGUCUUUACAUUCCCCCUGAUUAUUCAAAAUGUUUGACAGGACUCAUCUAUUGACUAUUUACACUAAUG